CAUAGGCUCUGCUUGCUGCGAACACUACCGUCUUUCCACUCUUCGUUCUUUCCCCGAUUUCUGUCCUGCCGUGCUGGUUCUCGGUCCCAGGACCCUUUCACGAUACCCCUGGUCACUAAUUCAAUGUCUUUGUUCAAGCGACAUCCACCACCAUCCGACAUCGACGAGAAUGAUACCAUAGACCCACAACUCCGUCUCCGCACAGUGCGCACUGCAGCUUCCACCAUUGCAGAAUCUAUACGCUCAGAAAUUAGAGCGCACAAGAGGCGGAGUGUCACCCAGAAGAGGUCCUUGUUUUUCCGCAAGAAUGCAAGGAAACCAAAGACUUCCGAAUCAGCCCCAUCAGCGGUCCCAUCAACUGAGGCCCCCUCAGCCCCGCAACCGCGCAUUCCAGGCGCGCGGAGGAACAUAUACGUGAACCUCCCACUCUCUGCUAUGGAGGCUGACCAGUAUGGCGAACCACUCGCCCGGUAUGCACGGAACAAAGUUCGCACAAGCAGGUACACACUCUUGACCUUUCUGCCGAAGAAUCUCUAUGAACAAUUUCACCGAAUUGCCAAUAUUUACUUCUUGGCGCUUGUCAUUUUCCAAUUGUUCCCCGUCUUCGGUGCCGCAUCAGCGUCGACUGCGGCUCUCCCUCUGUUGUUCAUUUUAGUUGUGACAGCAGUCAAGGAUGGUGUCGAGGAUUUUAGACGAGCCCAACUCGAUGAAGAAGUGAACACUUCUGCAGUGACGCGACUAGGGCAGUGGCGCAACGUAAACCAGGCCCUUGAUCCCCGACCGUGGUAUCAACGGCUGCUACAUAUAAAUGCUCCUGGAAAAGUCACUCGUGGAGUGCAGAAAUUACGGGAGAAGGAAGCAGGCGAGGGAAAGCAGACAAUCCUGAGCAAGGGAGGUGAUGAUAGGGUCAGCAUGAGCACCGCAGACAUGAAUGAUGGCACUACAGCCUUGGGCGGAUCUCACCCUCCCACAGGGGCAGGUGGCCGGCAACUUGAGGACAUUGAAGGCAGCAUAGGCAGCGUGGAUUUACAUACCUACCCUCCAGGGCUCCCAGAAAAUGAGCUUGGAGGAUGGGGUCAGCACAGUAUGUCCCUAUCAAACUAUGUGCAGUCGUCUCCUUCACGGUCAUCUCUGGGCGUGGUAGAUUGGAGCAAGCGCACGAACGGGACAGCUCGCUGGGAGCGGACGCUGUGGAAGAAGCUAGAGGUUGGCGACAUCGUGCUGCUACGCGAAGACGAGCAGGUUCCUGCUGAUAUCGUUGUGUUGUCGACAUCCGAUCCAGACGGACUGUGCUAUCUCGAAACCAAGAACCUUGACGGCGAAACAAACCUCAAGGUACGGAAGGCAGUACAGGCCACAUCAUCCCUCGCCUCAGAAGAAGACAUCGAAAAAUCCUCGUUUAUCCUCGAUUCAGAACCUCCACACCAGAACUUGUAUAUAUACAAUGGGGUCCUGCGAUAUACAGACGCUUCCACGGGCGAACCUCGUAGAGAGGGUGCCACUAUCAAUGAGCUUCUCCUUCGCGGCUGCACCGUGCGGAACACCGCAUGGAUCAUUGGACUGGUCGUCUUCACCGGCCCCGAUACCAAGAUAUACUUGAAUGGUGGACAGACGCCAUCCAAGCAAUCCAAGAUCGCGAAGGAGACAAACUUCAAUGUCAUAGUGAAUUUCCUGUUCUUGGUCGUCAUCUGUUCUGUGUCAGCGACCAUCAAUGGCGUCAUGGAUGGGCUAACGGCCACAAGUACGUACAUCUACGAGCAGGGCGUCCAACCCACCAGUUCCAAUGUGCUCAACGCGCUCGUUACUUUUGUCUCGUGUCUCAUCGCAUUUCAAAACAUCGUCCCAGUCUCCCUUUUCAUCUCGAUCGAAAUCGUGAAGACCAUCCAAGCCUACUUCAUCGCUCAAGAUUUGGACAUGUACUACAAGCCCUUCAACACCGCCUGUGUCCCAAAGAACUGGGGUAUAUCUGACGAUCUCGGACAAAUCGAAUAUGUAUUCUCUGACAAAACCGGAACGCUGACACAAAACGUGAUGGAGUUCCAAAAAUGCUCGGUGCGCGGGGUCAUAUAUGGAGAGGGUGUUACCGAAGCGCAGCGUGGGGCUGCAACGAGAGAAGGCCGAGCUGAUGCAGUAGCACCGGAAGAGUUGGCAGAAAAGCUUGCAGAGCUCAAGGACACAAUGGUUGCCAAGCUGACCAAGCUAUUCAAGAAUCGCUAUAUGCAGACCAACAAACUCACACUCGUGUCACCCAAGCUCGCAGAGGACCUCGCGGACCGCUCGACAGAACAAUAUUCUCACAUCGUCGCAUUUUUCCGUGCCUUGGCUGUUUGUCACUCGGUAUUGGCGGAUAAGCCCGAGCCGCAGGAGCGACCUUACCACUUGGAUUAUAAGGCCGAGUCCCCUGAUGAAGCGGCGCUGGUCGGUGCGGCGCGGGAUGUAGGCUUUCCUUUCGUGGGCAAGCACAAGGACACGAUCGACAUUGAAGUGCUUGGCCAACCUGAGCGGUUCACGCAUAUCAAGACGCUCGAGUUCAAUAGUACGCGCAAGCGUAUGAGCGUCAUCGUCCGUGCAUCCGACGGACGCAUAAUCUUGUACUGCAAAGGGGCGGACAGCGUCAUAUAUGAACGGCUUGCUGCGGAUGUGGACCCCGCCUUGAAGGAGAAGACGACCAAGGACAUGGAUUUUUUCGCUAAUGGUGGUUUGCGCACGCUCUGCAUUGGCUAUAGAGUGCUCCCGGAGGAUGAGUUUUUGGGGUGGCUGCGGACGUAUGAAGCUGCUCAGUCCACUAUUGACAACCGGGACGAGGCUAUCGAAAACGCAGCGGCUGAGGUGGAACACUCGUUGCAGAUACUGGGCGCUACGGCUCUCGAGGACAAGCUACAAGAAGGAGUUCCGGAAGCCAUUGAAAUGCUCCAUCGUGCUGGAAUUAAGCUCUGGAUUCUCACCGGCGACAAGCUACAAACGGCGAUCGAAAUUGGUUUCAGCUGCAACCUCUUGAAGCAAGAUAUGGAAGUCAUGAUCCUUUCUGCUGACAGUCCUGAAGGCACUCUUGCUCAGAUAGAGGCGGGUCUCAACAAAAUUGCGUCGAUAUUGGGCCCGCCUACUUCGAAAACGUUGGAACGUGGGUUUGUCCCUGGCGCUAGGGCUUCUUUUGCGGUCGUUAUUGAUGGAGACACCCUUCGUCACGCAUUGACGCCGGAUAUCAAGCCUCUGUUCCUGAACCUUGGUACUCAGUGCGAAACGGUGGUAUGCUGUCGUGUCUCCCCUGCCCAGAAGGCGCUGACCGUGAAGCUGGUCAAGGAGGGCCGGAAGGCGAUGACACUGUCUAUAGGAGAUGGUGCUAACGACGUCGCCAUGAUUCAAGAGGCCAAUGUUGGUUGUGGCUUGCUUGGACAUGAAGGUUCACAAGCUGCUAUGUCUGCGGAUUAUGCGUUUGGUCAGUUCAGGUUUUUGACGAAGCUGCUGCUCGUCCAUGGGAGGUGGUCGUAUCAGCGUAUUGCUGAUAUGCACAGUAACUUCUUCUACAAGAAUGUCAUCUGGACGUUGGCCAUGUUUUGGUUUAUGCCGUUUUGCUACUUCGACGCAACCUAUCUAUACGACUACAGCUUCAUCUUGUUUUACAACCUUAUCUUUACGUCGCUGCCUGUCAUCGUUCUCGGAGCAUUCGAUCAGGAUAUCAAUGCAAAAGCUGCCCUUGCUUUCCCUCAGCUCUAUGUUCGGGGUAUCAGAGGCCUAGAGUACACGCGGACAAAGUUCUGGUUCUACAUGCUCGAUGGUCUUUACCAGUCCGCGGUCGUCUUCUUCAUCCCUUACUUGGUCUGGCAGCUUGGACUGGCCGUGUCUUCCAACGGCAAAGGGAUCGAUUCUUUAUCGGACUUCGGGACGACCGUCGCGGUUGCUGCCAUCUUUGCGGCAAACACUUACGUUGGGAUGAACACUCACUACUGGACCUCCAUCACUUGGGUCGUCGUUGUCGGAUCGUCCCUUGUUAUGAUGCUUUGGGUCGUGAUCUACUCGUUCCUUCCGGUCAACACCUUCUUCUCUUCCACAGAUGGGUUUGUAAACGAGGUAGCAAUUCUCUUCGCCAAUGUCACGUUCUGGACGACGGUUGUUUUCUCCGUCUUAGUGGCACUCGCGCCUCGGUUCCUCAUCAAGUUCUUUAAAUCGACGUAUAUGCCCUUGGAUAAAGACAUUGUUCGCGAGAUGUGGGUUGCUGGAGAUCUCAAAGACCGUCUGGGAAUCCGGCAUCGCAAGGAAUCGAAAAACAAGGGUGGUAUUGACCUUGAGACUGCACCCAUGUUCCGCGAACCUCACGCCCGCUCAGCGUCGGAAUUGGCUCUGCAGCAAGGUUACGAACCGACAGCUCCUAGAUCCCCCGCAGGUUCCGACGUCAGUAGGAAGAUUCCUGAUGAUAAUGGCGCAGAUGCUAUCGAGCUGGUUUCCCAGGCCGCGUUACCGAAUCCCCACGACACGGAGGAUUCUGUCUCCCCCGGUCCUUCUUACUACUCAGCAUCUGACAUCCCCAUCCCCUCACCCAUACCACCCUCGCUAUAUCAGUAUCCAUCCGGGGAAAUAAGUAGCCAAGCACCAACUUUGGCGGCAUCGACCUCACACUCCCUGAGCCCUGAAUCUCCAGUUCCUAAACUAGAUUACUCACGCCGUGCAUAUUCACCCUCUGCUAACGCAGGGUCAUACGAGUUACAAGUGCGCCAUCCGUCGCCCCCCUCGCGUGAUUGGUCCCAAUCCCCUUCCCGUCUGCAGACUCCUCCACACCCUCGUUCCUUGGCACCCGGCCAACAACCCCUUGUUCAGCUUCAAUCAGAAGCAACCCAUGAUCACGAUGCUGGCGAAGGUCGGUAUCGACCAGAAGAAUCAGAUCAAGAAGACCAGGCAGACAGCUCGUUGGCAUGGGACGGACCGCGGGUGUUAUGAGGUCUUUUUGCCUUCCGCUGGAUGUCGAUGUAUCAUAGGAGAGACGUUGUGAAACUGUUGUACUGACCCUUGCUUUCGUUCUGACCUACCUACAUCUUGCAUUGCAACGCUCUAGAUUGUGCAUUUCGCAUG